CAAAAACAACAGAGAACUGCUUUGCACUUUCUUGAGAUAUGGCGUCGCAGUUGAUCGAGAAGCACAGAGAGAAUGCAGAGAUCUACCAUGGAGAUGCCCUCUGCAAGCAGAAAUCAAUCGAGCUCUUAAUAGAGAUGGAUCUCCCCAAGGGUCUUCUUCCGCUGAACGACAUGGAAGAGGUGGGCUACAACAGACAAACCGGAUUCGUGUGGCUGAAGCAGAAGAAAUCGACGGAACACGUCUUUCGCAAGGUGAGCAAGAAGGUCUCUUAUGCGCCGGACAUCACUGCGUUUGUGGAACCCAGGAAAUUUAAGAAGCUGAGCGGAGUGAAGAGUAAGGAGCUUUUGAUUUGGCUCACUCUUUCUGAAAUCUACAUAGAUGAUCCUUCUUCCGGGAAGAUAACGUUCAUGACUCCUGCUGGACUUUCUCGGUCGCUUCCGGUUUCUGCGUUCGAGCUUGAGGAAAGUGAAGGGCCUACAAAAGCAGCGGAGAAGGAGAAGAAGAAGGAAGAAGAAGCAGCCAUGGCUUAAACUAUAAAUUAAAAUUAGAAUCUCAGUUUAAAUUAAGUUUAAGAAAUAAUUUUUUUUUCCUUUGCUUUUUUUUUUUUUUUUUUAGGGAAAAUCAGAUGAAAUAAAUGUUGGGAUUUUGAGAA